AUGUCUCGGGCACAGCUUGUCAGAUCUUCACUGGCAUGGAAUCUCACAACACUCACGAGGUUGUCCUCAAUAACGACAAAUAGGCGCUACGUGAGCAGCGCCUCUCCAGCCAAGAGGCACCUCCCAUUAGAAGGCAUCACCGUAGUAAGCCUCGAGCACGCCAUCGCAGCACCAUUCUGUACAAGACAGCUCGCAGACCUGGGCGCGAGGGUGAUCAAGAUAGAGCGGCCCGGAGUGGGUGACUUCGCGCGAGCCUACGACAAGCGGGUGAACGGGCAGGCCUCGCACUUCGUCUGGGCGAACCGCUCCAAGGAGAGCCUCGCUCUCGACUUGAAGCAGCCCAAAGACCUGGGUGUCCUCAGGGCGCUAAUUGACCGUGCGGACGUGCUGGUGCAGAACCUCGCCCCGGGCGCGAGCCGGCGGAUGGGGCUGUCGUACGAGGAGCUGAAGGAGAAGCACCCGGGGCUUAUCGUCUGUGAUAUCAGCGGGUAUGGGUCCGAUGGGCCGUAUCGGGACAAGAAGGCCUACGACCUGCUUGUGCAGUCUGAGGCGGGCCUGCUGUCCGUGACGGGGACAAAGGAUGAGCCUGCCAAGGUGGGGAUUUCUAUCGCUGACAUCUCGGCGGGGAUGUACGCGUUGACUAAUAUCCUCGGUGCGGUCAUUGAGAGGGAGAAGACUGGGAAGGGGAAGUGCAUCGACAUAUCAAUGCUGGAGAGCAUGACGGAGUGGAUGAGCUUCCCUCUGUACUACACGUACCAGGGCCAGCCACCGCCGAAGAGAGUCGGCGCCGCACACUCCACGAUCUACCCCUACGGGCCCUUCUCAACCGGCGACGGCGGAUCGGUCAUGCUGGGCCUGCAGAACGAGCGGGAAUGGGCCAAGCUCUGCAGCGACGUGCUGGAGGACGCGCAGCUGGCCUCAGACCCAAGGUUCAACUCCAACAUGCUCAGGGUCGAGAACCGCGAAGAACUGAGGGAGAUCAUCUACAAGGUCUUUUCGCGGCUGACGGCGCAGGAACUCCUCACGAGGCUAGAGGGCGCCGGCAUCGCGAACGCCAAGCUGAACGACAUGCAGGGCGUCUGGGAGCAUCCACAACUCAAGGCCCGCGGGCGGUGGACUGAGAUCGAGACCCCUGAGGGCCGAGUCCCGGCUCUGAUACCACCAGGGUUUGGGGCGGUCGAGGACGCGAGGAUGGAUGCUGUGCCUGCUUUGGGCGAGCACAAUGGGAAAAUAUUGGCUGAACUCGGCUUGGAUAAGCAGGCUUAG